GCAGCUCGACGCUCUCCUCAGAAUUCUUAGUAACUACCCAAUUCACCCCUCUGCUUCUGUUCGUCACUUCUCCUUCCUUUCCGACCCCGCGCUCCUUCUCUCUGAUUUUCUCCUUCCUGUUCUCUCUAUCUCUUCGGGGGCAACUCGUCUCGCAUUUGUCUCCAUUAUUUUCAACCUCCAUCUUGGUUGUGGUUCUUCACGCACUCCUUUUUUCAUCGUUGCAUGGUGAAGGGAAGCCCUCAGAUUUUGGCGUUAGGGCUUCCGUGAUAAGGGUAUGGAGGGGUUCGACGAUGAUGGUCCCUCCUCAGGAAAACCUAAAAGGCACCAGGGAAUUUCGCGAUGCUGGUUUCUCAGACAACACACGGUUUGAUGGAUGCCUCCCAAUAUGCAUUUUUUUGAGAAACGUGUUGCCGAACAGGUUGAACUGGGUGGUUUGGAUGAUCCUGGUGAACCACUUGUUGGGUUUGAUGAUGAGAAAUAUCGGUUUUCUUCAAUUGGAGUGAUCAAGGAGCUAAACAAGGAUGAUGAGGAGCCGAGGGACAUAGAGAGCAUUGGAAAUUGUAAGAUGGAGAAAUCAAUGAUAAGAGAUCUCCUCAACAGCAUGUCUCACUUUCAUCACAUAUUCUCUGUGGAUAAGGGAAAGACAGGGUCAGCUCAGAUGUACUAUCAAAGCAUUGCUGAUUUACUGAUGCUUCUAAUGCCUAUGCUUAAUGAUAUUAUUGAUUCUGAGGUACCCUCCAAUGAGCAACUCAGCAGGAGAUUGGAAGAAUUGGACACUUUUGUUGAUGAUGCUAAAAAGUUCCUGGAAGGCUGGCACCCAUUGAUGAGCAAGACCUACAAUCUUUUGCAAAUUGAAGUGGUGGCUGAGAAGAUUCAGGAGUCUAUACUAGUGAUUUGCAGAAUCCUUAGUUCUUUUACCUUAUCUGCUGCCUCAGUAUCUAAUAUAAAUUGUAUUCGGGCUUUGCAGAAUCAUGAAUCUGUGUGCAAGAAUCAUGUAUCAUCUGUGAUCAGGGAGGCCACAAAAAAUCAGAGAGAGAGCAAUUUCCCUAGCUCUGAGACCAUGGUGAAGAUUGCAGAUUGCCUGAGUUUGUCAUCAAGUCAGGAACUUCUAAUGGAGGCUGUGGCUCUGGAGAAGGCGAAGAUAGAGGCAGGACACGAAAAAAAUGCUGAAGAAGUUGAGCUUAUAGAUGAUCUCAUUGCUCUUGUUACCUACAUGCAUGACUGCCUUGUGAAAAUAAAACAAUCCCAAACAGAUGGUAGAGUGCCAAUUCCUUCUGAUUUCUGCUGUCCACUUUCUCUUGAACCGAUGUCAGAUCCAGUGAUUGUGGCAUCUGGACAAACUUAUGAGCGGGCCUUUAUCCGAAAAUGGUUAGAUAUGGGUUUGACAGUUUGUCCAAAGACACGGCAAAAUCUAGCUCAUACUAAUCUCAUUCCCAACUUUACUGUCAAGGAACUCAUUGCAAAUUGGUGUGAAUUAAAUAAUGUCAAGUUGCCUGAUCCAGUGAAGUCUAUUAAUUCAAAUCAGCCCUCUAUGCUUCUAGCUCAUGUGGAAUCUCUUCCUACUGAUGCCCAUCUUCCUGUGUCUCCUAGCGCUAAAGCACUGGAGCCAUCCAUGCUUGCAGCUUCAGUUGAUCAGAGGCUCUCAAAUGGAAGCAGUCUAGAAGCUUAUCCAAAUCAAAAUGUUUCUUCCCAUUUGGACCCUCCUAGGGUUUCUGAUGGCGCUUCUGUGAGUAGUUCAACUGAACCUUCAGACAUCGAAAAUGGAUCUGGCAAGGGAUUGCUUAAGGUAUCAGCAAACAAUGAAAAUGGGAUGACUAAUUUGGGAAGCUUAGGUGUGAACUCUGCCCAUCUAGCUCCAGCAUUAGUUGAAAAUGAUUCUUCUGAAGUUGGCUUAAUUGAUGAGCAGGUUGAAGGUCAUACACGCAGUACAUCCAUGUCAAGUGCUGUUUCCAGCACAGACGUGCAAGGUGAAGCUGGGGAUGUCAAUGAAAUGUCCAGUGACAACACAAAUGACAACAGGGAUGCUUCUGGGGAAGUAACUUCAAAGGAUCCUGCAUCAUCUGCUCCUCCAAGGGAUUCAGAUAUUCCUACUAGGUUGUCAGAUUUUCGGACUAGAAGCCAGCCUUUAUGGAGAAGGCAGUCAGAACGAAGCUUUGUUCCAAGGAUUACUUCUUCACCUCUUCCUGAAUCAAAGUCAAACAUGUCAGAAGUUGAGGCUCAGGUUAAGAAGCUGAUUGAAGAUCUACAGAACCCAUCUAUAGAAGUAAAAAGAUCUGCUGCUAUUGAAUUGCGGCAUCUUUCAAAGCACAACAUGGAGAAUCGAAUUAUGAUUGCUAGCUGUGGAGCCAUCAAGUUCUUAGUUGAGCUACUCUAUUCGAUGGAUGUGAGAACCCAAGAAAAUGCUGUGACUGCAUUGCUGAAUCUAUCAAUCAAUGACAAUAAUAAGAGUGCAAUUGCCAAUGCUGGAGCAAUAGAUCCUCUCAUUCAUGUGCUUAAAACAGGAAGUCCAGAAGCUAAAGAAAAUUCUGCUGCAACCCUUUUCAGCCUUUCAGUGAUAGAUGAGAACAAGGCCAGGAUUGGAAGAUCUGGUGCAAUCCAUCCGUUGGUUGAACUAUUGGGCAAUGGGACUCCCCGUGGAAAGAAAGAUGCUGCUACUGCUUUAUUUAAUUUGUCGAUCUGUCAUGAGAACAAGGCUCGGAUUGUACAAGCUGGGGCUGUGAGGCACCUUGUGGAUCUAAUGGAUCCAGCAGCAGGCAUGGUUGACAAGGCUGUUGCUGUCUUAUCCAACCUUUCAACAAUCCCAGAUGGGCGUACUGCGAUUGGUCAGGAAGGUGGAAUUCCAGUUCUUGUGGAGGUUGUGGAACUUGGAUCUUCAAGAGGAAAAGAAAAUGCAGCAGCAGCAUUGCUACAACUUUGUACAUACAGCCCAAGAUUCUCUAAUAUGGUUCUGCAAGAAGGUGUCGUGCCUCCUUUAGUAGCAUUAUCCCAAUCUGGCACAGCCCGAGCAAAAGAGAAGGCGCAGAAUCUUCUUAGUCAUUUCCGAAAUCAACGCCAUGGUAAUCCAGGGAGGGUUUGAUAUGUGAAAAGGAUCUAAUUACACGUACAAUCUUAGUGCAGCUCUGGGGCGACUCGCUCAUGGUUCAAACCAGAGCACAGUAUUUGUGGUAUAUAUGUAAGAAUUGUUCAUUCUGCUGAAAUAAUUCUUUAUGCUGGUAAGGUGUCUCAUGUUAUGAUCAGUAGGCAAAGAAAUGGUUAUUACUGCUUAUUCUUUAUUGCUGAUUUAUGUAUAUUUUGAUCACCUGAUAUGAUUAUCCGGUUAUGCUUGAAGGUCAUGGUUGAGGGAAUGCAACGUUGUUUCUGUAAUUUUAAUCAUUUGAUCUUCUUUC